UUUUUUACGUCCACGCCCUGAGCCGGACAGUGCUGCAUCCGCCUUCUCUGCUAACCUUGUUGGAGGAAGUAAAGUCUGUCAAACAUGAGUUUUCACUACGGCCAGGGUUAUCCGGGAGGAGGCCACGCACCACCCAGUGCUCCAUACGGGGGGGCCAGCAGUCCCUACGGGGGACACCCGUCAGCCCCAUACGGAGGGGCACCACGUCAACCAUCAGCUCCUUAUGCUGGCUAUGGAGCCCCAGGUCAAGGAGGGCAGUAUGGACAUGGACAAGGGGGUGCUCCUGCUGGGCAUUAUGGUGGAUAUGGUGGACAACCGCAAGGAGGACAUUAUGGACAGCAUGCUCCUGCAGGUAACAUCCCUCCUGGGGUUAGCCAAGAGGCGUACCAGUGGUUUUACACUGUCGACACGGACCACAGUGGCUACAUCAAUCUGAAGGAGCUGAAGCAGGCACUCGUCAACUCCAACUGGUCUGCUUUCAACGACGAGACCUGCCUCAUGAUGAUCAACAUGUUUGACAAGACGAGGACGGGCCGAAUGGAUAUUUUGGGCUUCUCCGCACUGUGGGACUUCAUGCAGCGGUGGAGGGGGCUCUUUCAACAAUUUGACAGAGACCGCUCGGGCUUUAUCAGUGGCGCGGAGCUACACCAAGCGCUCGCUCAGAUGGGCUACAACCUCAGUCCCCAGUUCUCGGAGACGUUGGUGCGACGCUUCACCACGCGCGGAGGGCGACCCGGCAUCCAGCUGGACCGCUUCAUCCAGGUGUGCACCCAGCUGCAGAGCAUGACGCAGGCCUUCAGGGAGAAGGACACGGGCAUGACGGGCCACAUCCGCCUUAACUACGAGGACUUCCUCUCUGGGGCCGUCACCAGGCUCAUGUGAACCCGUGGCAAUCCCUCUGCACUGUGGAUUCAUGGCAUCACUCCAUAUUCAGGUCAUAUUUUUGCGCAGUUCUGAAUGCUCUACCAUAAGUGCCAACACCUGCUGUUUCAGAUACAGUAUAUGAGGCGGAAUGCAUUCUUCCAUGGCUUGUUGCUGUAUGUAUAAAAAGCCUUAAAACCAUGCAUUAGAAUUAGGUCCAGUGGGUAUAAAAAAGGCGCCCUUACUGGAUGUUUUUUUUACUUCGUAAGUAUACGUUUCUUGUAUUUGAUUGAAUAGUUCAACUGACAUUCAAGAGAGUACCUGUUUACACAUGUUUCAUUCUCAAGACUUGACUAGAGAGGGUAGAUAGUUAGUGAAAAAUCAUAUCAUUUCUCUGCUCCUACAGUUGAGUGCCUAAAAUCAACCGCUAACAAUAAUUACGCUGAAUUGCAAAUGUAUACCCACGCAAAUGAACAUGUUCCUGUUCUAUUUAAACAAUAGCCUUUUAAAUAUAUGUACAUCAGCAAUAUUCAGCAGGGUAUUCCCAUGCAAUGGUUGGCUAAUUUUACUGAGCAUCGCUUUUUAUUGUUAUGCAUGUAAUUAAGCAAAGUAAGGCCACAUUUAAAUAUCAGUAUUAUUCCACUCUCACGUUAUCUGGGUGUCAAAGCUCUGUAACGACAUGUUUAAGAAAUAAUUAAUUUACUAAUACUUUUGCUACAUUCCACUCCAGAAAGCCAGUAUUCAUCAGAAGUUUCUGUGGUCUAGGUAUAAGUGACCUGAAAAAAAGUCUUCCCUAUUAAGUUUGCCAAUUUCCCCUCAAUGCAAAUGGAGCUUCUGUGUUUACGGGGCCUGUACUUAGACACAUAAUGCACUCCACUGAGGGGUUUUUUUCUGAAAUCAAUCAUGCCAAAAUGGUUCUUAAUACCAAAAACGAAUAAAUGAUUUUAUAUCACAUA